AGUGGGACAGCCUUCUAACAUUCAACUCCGCCAACAGCCAAUCCCAGACUCUGUGCAUUGACCCCAUGGCUUCUCGCUUUCUUCUUGUUAUCACUGUUUUGAUCUUGAGUCACCAACCUCACCUUGCUCACGGAGAGCCUUCGCUUGAGUGCUUUGAUGGUCCUUUCGAGAGCGUGUUGCUGGAUGGAUGCGUCGAUGAUUGUAGAAGUUUUGAGACUCUAGAGGAGGCGGAGCAGCACUGCAAUGCUCUGGCAGAUUGCGGUGGCAUUACCAAGACAGCGUACGGCGACAGCGAAGCGAUCUCUCUAGGGGUGGGUCUGUAUGAAGUUCGUUCAGGGCCUGGCAUCCAGCAGCAGGUGGGCGACACCACCUGGAUCAAGCAAGAUGGAUGCGGUAACCAAGGUGGGAGAGGCUCCUACGGCAACGGAGAGUACGCGGGAGACUCGCAGAGGAUCUCGGGGUAUGACAGGGCAGAGAGAUGGAACGAGUCGCUGGAAGCCGUGUCGGACGGAUACAGCCGAGCAGUCAGUCAGAUGUUCUGGAUGGCUCUCUUCCUGUGCUUUUGUGCAGCGCUCGUCUUCGUCUCUUACCGGAGAGGCGAUCAGUUCACUGUCGACUUCGUUGACAAUGCCCGGGAGAGGAUCAAGACGUUUGUUCAGAAGCGAGGCCCGCGCAUCAACAGCGGCGACGGUUCAUACCAGAGCAUCUGAUGAUCUCAUGUUCACAUCUUUCAGUUAAAGGCUCUAGUUUUCUGAACAGCAGCUCAUCCUUAAUGCAUCUUUCGCUGACUUGAUGGCGCGACUUCUACCUCACGGAUUUUUCGGGGCCUUUUUAACAUUUGAAAUGAGUCUAAAGUGUUGGGGCUAUGCGUCUCUGUCACUGUGAUCAGUAAAAUUGCAUUUUGACG